UGAAUUUCACGAUGAUAAAAAGGAAUUGUUUCCAAAAUUAUCGUUAUCCACUGCCUUCAUCAUUACCGGAAUUUACUUUGCUGACGAUAUUGCUGAAUUACAUUCAAAUGAUGAUGAUAAUACAAUUAAUAAUGUCGAUUCAGGUUGUGUCAAUUCAACUGAUGAUUCAUUCUCAAUGAAUUGAAUGUUGUAGUCGAUGUGUUGCACCAUUUUUCUUCAACAAACAAAAACAUCAAUAUUUAAAUCCCGUUUUUGUGUGUGUUUGUGUUGUUCAUAGCGGAAAACUGUUGAUUUUCCUCAUCACCAUCAUCAUUGUUAAUAAUGUUCGACAUUUUUCGCUCAUUGAAAACGCUGCUCAAAACAAGCCGCAUCCGUAUUGAUAAUACAAUAUUCCAAUUACAUUAUUCGAUUACAGUCAUUAUUUUAUUAUCAUUCUGUAUUAUAAUUUCAACAAAACAAUAUGUUGGAGAUCCAAUCGAUUGUGUACGUAGUGAUUCGGUUUCACAAUCGGUCAUCAAUACAUAUUGUUGGAUACAUACAACAUAUACUUUACCAAAAAGUUAUUACAAAAAAGUUGGUAUAGAAGUACCAUAUCCAGGUGUGGAUUGGGAAUCAAAUCAAAAUGAAUUCCGUUAUCAUCGUUAUUAUCAAUGGGUUGGGUUUGUAUUAUUUUUCCAAUCAACACUAUUCUACAUUCCACGAUGGUUAUGGAAAAUGUGGGAAGGUGGCAAAAUCCAAGCGUUAAUGAUGGAUCUCGAUGUUGGUGUUUGUUCCGAUCAUGAAAAGAAGCAAAAGAAAAAAUUAUUGGUCGAUUAUCUUUACAAUAGCCGUGGUCAUCAUAAUUGGUACGCAGGAAGAUAUUUUUUCUGUGAAUUAUUAGCAUUAGCCAAUGUUAUAUUCCAAAUAUAUGCAUUGGAUAAAUUUUUUGACGGCGAAUUUCUCACCUAUGGUACCGAAGUGAUUCAAUUCUCUCAAAUGGAUCAAGAGGAGAGAAUCGAUCCAAUGAUUCGUAUAUUUCCAAGAGUUACGAAAUGUCGUUUCUAUAAAUAUGGUCCAUCAGCAAAUAUUGAAACAAUCGAUGCAUUAUGUCUUUUACCACUGAAUAUUGUAAAUGAAAAAAUCUACAUAUUCAUUUGGUUCUGGUUCUUAAUAUUGACCGCAAUGACAGCUGCAUUGAUAUUAUAUCGUAUGAUUAUUAUUGCAUGUCCACCCGUACGCGUUUAUCUUCUUAGCCUUCGUUUCAAACUUGGUUCAUUGGAUCAUCUUCAUACGAUUGUACGACGAAUGUCGGUCGGGGAUUGGUUUUUAGGUAUGUAUCACAUAGACACAAGUAUUUCAAUGGAAAAUAAUGGAAACUCUUUUCCAACACCAAACACAGUUUACAUGCUUGGUCAAAAUAUCGAUAGUGUUAUCUAUCAGGAAUUGAUUCAAGAAUUGGCAACAAAAACCGAUAAUGAUGGGAAAAAAGAUAUCAUUUGAGCAUUCGCUAUAUAAUGAAAAUUCAAACAAAUCAAACAACAACUUUAUUCAAAAAUCAAAUUGGUUCAAAAAGUAAUGAAUGGAUUUUGGUUCCCUUUUGAUCUCGUAUGGCUGCCGAAAUGUUUGGUUCAGAAACAUACUGCAGAAUGAAAAGAAAAACAAAUCGAUAAAAUCGAUGUUAAAGAAUGUGUGUUAUUGUUGACGUAUGAAAAUGUUGAGCAACAAUGAUUCAACACAACAAAUGGUUUCAUAUUCUAUAUAUUGAUUGUGAGCAUGUUAUCAAAACUAACUAGUCUUUUGUGUGUGUGCUAUUGUGCUACAUUCGUAUUUCUUGUUAAUUAUGUUGCAAUCUCAUAUAAUUUAAAUUGACACACGUGGUAAAUGGAGAAAAAAAAAUUCAAACUAAUUCAAUCAACGAAAACUUUCACACAGAAUUUCUUCAAUAUAAAAUAGUCAUAAUUGUAAAUAAAAUUUUCAGUCAAUAUAUGAUGUGUAAAAUAAAUAUC